AUGGCACGUUAUAUUAACACACUGAAAGUUGCUAAGAGACCACACUUAAAUGUCCUCAUCACAACACGAAAAGAUAAUUAUGUCAUAAUGGAAAUGUUCACUAAUGCUAUGUGGAUUUAUGAUAGACUAGGAUCAUAUUCCAAGAUACCAAGGUUGGCUGAAGAAAUUCAUCAUUCUGCAGGAGCUAGUUUUUACUGCUGCCUGAAGACUGGUGAAGAGCAAUUCACUGCCUUGGAGCAAUGCUCCUGCCCAGUCGGACGGGAAUUUGUGAGACAGUAUUACACACUGUUGAACCAGGCCCCAGACAUGCUACACAGGUUUUAUGGAAAGAACUCUUCUUAUGUCCAUGGGGGAUUGGAUUCAAAUGGAAAGCCAGCAGAUGCUGUCUAUGGACAGAAAGAAAUCCAUAGGAAAGUGAUGUCACAAAGCUUCACCAAUUGCCACACUAAGAUCCGCCACAUUGAUGCUCAUGCUACUCUAAAUGACGGUGUGGUGGUCCAGGUGAUGGGCUUGCUCUCUAAUAACAACCAGGCUUUGAGGAGAUUCAUGCAGACCUUUGUCCUUGCUCCUGAGGGAUCUGUUGCAAAUAAGUUCUAUGUUCACAACGAUGUCUUCAGAUACCAAGAUGAAGUCUUUGGUGGCUUUAUCACUGAACCUCAGGAGGAAUCUGAAGAAGAAGCAGAGGAGCCUGAAGAAAGAGAGCAGACACCUGAGGUGGUGCCUGAUGAUUCUGGAACUUUUUAUGAUCAAACUGUCAGCAAUGACUUAGAAGAACAUUUAGAAGAACCUGUUGCUGAACCAGAGCCUGAACCGGAACCAGAACCAGAGCAGGAACCUGUAUCUGAAGUCCAGGAGGAAAAGUCUGAGCCAGUAUUGGAAGAAACUGCUCCUGAGGAUGAUCAGAAGAGUUCUUCUCCAGCACCAGCAGACAUAGCCCAGACAGUGCAGGAGGACUUGCUCUUAGAUUUCUUGAUCUUUCAGUAGCAUUUGAUUAACUAA